AUGGCGGAGGAUCAAGUCUUGCGUGGGGUUGGAUGGGGAAUAGAGGGAGUGCGACAAAGGGAGAAUCAGCAGAGACAGGCGGGAGGACGGGUGGAGGAGGAAAUAGAAAGUGCGGCGAGUGCGCUCCCUAUGCAGAGGCGCCAUCCACGUGCUGCCGAGGGUCCUGCUGUGGUGCAGGCAGAGGAACUAGAGGAUGGAGAAUGGGUGGCUGUGGAGACGCAACUGCAUGGACUGGAGAAUACGGGGCCCCAGGUUUUCGAGGAGACGGAGCGAGGAUUUGAGGAGGCUGGCGAACGCAUCGCAGCUGGCGGCAGGGUGCAUACCGCAACAGAAUUAAUGCGGCGUCUGACAUUAGUGGCAAGGUCCGUGGCCAGGACUUCGUCGAAGCAACGUGUUCGUUUCAGCGACUGCAUGGCAGAGAUUCACGAGUUCGGUUUGCAGAUGCAGGGUUGGGACACGCGCUACUUGCAGGACUACGAUGAUUUAACGCACGAGUACCACGAGCUCAAGGCUGACGUGGUCCGGGAACGCGACGAGCUAACUCGAUUGCGUACUGCUCUUUCGACGUCUGUCGCCGAAGCACGAGCGGCAGCAGCUGAUGCGGGUCGCGCAGCUGCAGCAGCGGCUGUUGGAGCAUUGCAGGUUAAGUUAGUGGGGUUUUUCGAGACCUUUGGGGAGAAGCUGAAGAGUGUGGUGGAGCAGGCGAUAGAGCAAUCGUCGCUGGAGGCCACGAUCACAUCCAGCUCCAUGAAACACCUGCAAGCGACUAUUGACAAUAGUGUGUACACGGUGUGGGAGGAUCUCAGAACUACGGACGACCAAAACAAUCUGACUUUCAACAAGAUUCAGAAGGCUCUGGCGGGACUAUCAACAAAGCUCAAAGGGCUGACUAAACCCAUCAAGGUCCGAAAUCCACCCGCCGCCAGGGCAGAGGCCACACCAAAGCCUUCGCGAACGCAGGCCGAAGCAGAUUCCCCGGACAUCCCAAUCUCCGCAGCACAACGAGUCAUGGAAAGGUUUGCCGCGACGUCCGAGGGUGAGGCGGGUGACGCUGGUGAGGCGGGUGAGGCCGGCGCUGGUGUGGUAGAUGUUGACUUGUCUGAACCAGUGAGGAGAAACUGGAGAGAAACGUUUCCAGCAAAGAUUUUGCGGAAAGAGGAGGAGAGCGAGGAGAGGAGGACGGCUGAAGCGCGGAAGCGGCAAGCACUUCAGACGGCGCAAGUGACGGCUGCAAAGAAGAGGCGGGCUGAGAGGGGGUUGGGAAAUACGAGGGUGGAGGACCGGCCUGGGACUGUUAGCAGCGGGAGAGCGACGGCAAACCAACCGGCGGGUACAGCUGCAGAGGCAAGGAACGUGGAACACAAAAAGGAGAACUGGCGGAGAGAGGAGGAGCGGCAGAGUGAGGAGCAGAGGAAAGUGGAGCGCGAAAAUGAGGAGAAUCGGCAGAGGGAGGAGGAAGAGCAGAAGAGGGAGGAGGCGAGAAAGGUGGAACGCGAACUGGAGGAGAAGAGGCAGAGGCAGGAGGAAGAGCGCAAGAGGGAGGAGGCGAGGAAGGUGGAACGUGAAAAGGAGGAGGCGACUCAGAGGCAGGAGGAAGAGCGGAAGAGGGAGGAGGCGAGGAAGGUUGAACGCGAAAAGGAGGAGAAGCGGCAGAGAGAGGAUGACGAGCGGAAGAGGGAGGAGGCGAGGAAGGUUGAACGCGAAAAGGAGGAGAAGCGGCAAAAGGAAGAUGACGAGCAGAAGAGGGAGGAGGCGAGGAAGGUUGAACGCGAAAAGGAGGAGAAGCGGCAAAAGGAAGAGGAAGAGCGGAAGAGGGAGGAGGCGAGGAAGGUUGAACGCGAAAAGGAGGAGAAGCGGCAGAGGGAGGAGGAAGAGCGGAAGAGGGAGGAGGCGAAGAAGGUUGAAUGCGAAAAGGAGGAGAAGCGGCAGAGGGAGGACGACGAGCGGAAGAGGGAGGAGGCGAGAAAGGUUGAACGCGAAAAGGAGGAGAAGCGGCAAAACGAAGAGGAAGAGCGGAAGAGGGAGGAGGCGAGGAAAGUUGAACGCGAACAGGAGGAGAAGCAGCAAAAGGAAGAGGAAGAGCGGAAGAGGGAGGAGGCGAGGAAGGUUGAACGCGAACAGGAGGAGAAACGGCAGAGGGAGGAGGAAGAGCGGAAGAGGGAGGAGGAGGGGAAGGUUGAACGCAAAAAGGAGGAGAAGCGGCAGAGGGAAGUGGAAGAGCGGAAGAGGGAGGAGGAGAGGAAGGUUGAACGCGAAAAGGAGGAGAAGCGGCAGAGGGAAGUGGAAGAGCGGAAGAGGGAGGAGUAG